AUGAGGUGUGGUGGGGGGAGGGGGAGCCGCCGGCUUGACGCCCCUGUUAGCCCUAGUACCAUCAAGCCGUCAUGCCAGGCGGAAGGAGGGGUCUUGUCGCUCCCCAGAACACCUUCCUCGAAAAUAUCAUCAGAAGGUCAAGCUCACAACCGGAUAGCAGUUUUCUCCUGGCAAAUGCACAGAUUGUGGACUUUCCGAUAGUCUACUGUAACGAGUCGUUCUGUAAAAUCUCUGGCUACAACAGGGCAGAGGUGAUGCAGAAAUCCUGUAGGUGCACUUUCAUGUACGGCGAACUGACAGAUAAGGAGACAAUAUCAAGAAUCGAUGAGUGCCUAGAAUCCCAACUUCACGAUCAGUUUGAAAUUUUAUUAUACAAAAAAAAUAGCACUCCGAAAGAAACACCAUUAUGGCUGUUACUACAAAUAGCUCCGAUAAAAAACGAGCGGGACCUUGUCGUCCUAUUCCUGUUAACAUUCAGGGACAUCACAGCUCUGAAACAACCAAUAGAAACAGAAGACACAAAAGGAGGUUUAAGCAAAUUUGCAAAGUUGGCACGCUCAGUGACAAGAAGCAGAUCAGUACUGGUUUCUCAAUUUUCAUCUCAUCUACCAAAUUUAAAAGACACAUCGAAACAAUCGCACCUUGCUCAUAUGAUGUCCCUGAGUGCAGAUGUGAUGCCACAGUACAGGCAAGAAGCGCCAAAGACACCACCCCACAUAUUACUCCAUUAUUGCGCUUUCAAGGCGAUAUGGGACUGGGUCAUUCUAUGCCUCACAUUCUACACAGCCAUUAUGGUCCCAUACAACGUAGCUUUUAAAAAUAAAACAUCCGAAGAUGUCUCACUACUUGUUGUCGAUUCAAUUGUAGAUGUCAUAUUUUUCAUAGAUAUAGUACUCAAUUUCCACACAACGUUUGUCGGACCAGGAGGUGAAGUCGUUUCUGACCCAAAAGUCAUUAGGAUGAAUUACCUCAGAUCGUGGUUUGUGAUAGAUUUGCUAUCAUGCCUACCUUACGAUGUCUUCAAUGCUUUCGAUCAUGAUGAAGAUGGCAUAGGAAGUUUGUUCAGUGCAUUGAAAGUAGUAAGAUUGUUGAGACUGGGGAGAGUAGUCAGAAAACUUGACAGAUAUUUAGAGUAUGGUGCGGCAAUGUUGAUACUACUUUUGUGUUUCUACAUGCUCGUUGCUCACUGGCUUGCCUGCAUUUGGUACUCAAUAGGGAGAUCGGAUGCAGACAAUGGACUCCAAUACUCUUGGCUGUGGAAAUUGGCCAAUGUAACACAGUCUCCGUAUGCGUACAUUUGGUCGAAUGAGACAAGUUCGCCUGAAUUGAUAAACGGGCCUUCAAGAAAAACGAUGUACGUAACUGCCUUAUAUUUUACAAUGACGUGUAUGACUAGUGUAGGCUUUGGAAAUGUCGCCGCUGAAACUGACAAUGAAAAGAUUUUCACAAUUUGUAUGAUGAUCAUAGCAGCUCUACUUUAUGCAACAAUUUUUGGCCAUGUCACAACAAUAAUCCAGCAAAUGACAUCGGCAACGGCCAAAUAUCAUGAUAUGUUGAAUAAUGUUAGAGAGUUCAUGAAACUUCAUGAAGUGCCAAAAGCAUUAUCGGAAAGAGUAAUGGAUUAUGUAGUAUCCACUUGGGCAAUGACAAAAGGAUUGGAUACUGAUAAGGUUCUGCUUUGCGCCCCUGUACUGAACUAUUGUCCAAAAGACAUGAAGGCCGAUAUAUGUGUGCAUUUAAAUCGUAAAGUUUUUAACGAGCACCCUGCGUUCAGGCUAGCCAGUGAUGGAUGCCUGAGGGCACUGGCGAUGCAUUUUACAAUGAGCCACUCGGCACCCGGUGACCUCCUGUACCACACCGGGGAGUCGAUAGACUCACUUUGCUUCAUUGUGACCGGCUCUCUCGAAGUCAUACAGGACGAUGAAGUGGUCGCCAUUUUAGGGAAAGGAGACGUCUUUGGUGACUCUUUCUGGAAGGAUACGGCAAUUGGGCAAUCAGCGGCGAAUGUGAGGGCUCUGACUUACUGUGAUUUGCAUACAAUUAAGAGGGAUAGAUUACUUGAAGUUUUGGAUUUUUAUCAAGCAUUUGCUAACUCUUUUGCCAGAAAUUUGAUUCUUACAUACAACUUGAGACAUCGGUUGAUAUUUAGAAAAGUCGCAGAUGUUAGAAGGGAGAAAGAACUGGCAGAGAGGAGGAAAAAUGAGCCACAGUUGGAUCAGAAUCAGGAUCAUUUAGUGAGAAAAAUAUUUUCAAAGUUCAGGAGAGACAGGACUGCAUUGACACCCCAACCUUCCCAAAGUCCAACUCAAGAUCCUGAAAAAGGUGAAAAACCUAAUGAAUCGUCAGUAAGUCCCAUACCACCCAAGUUAUCGAAUGUGGCAGAAAAAGAAGACCCUUCACAUAGUGGAGCUGCAACGACUGCACUUGUCCCUGCUCGUCCAACGACUAUCAGGGCCAGCAAGUGGGGCAGACUGUUGGGGAGCAGUUUGGAUUCUGGUACAGAAACAGGUAGUGCUGCUUCAAUUUCAAGAACUCAUUCCGUCCGAGACUCUCCUUCCAAGUCAUCUGGGUCAAGCACCGGAGGAAAUGGUGGUGGGUCGGGCAACAAAGUUUUCCCCAAACUCCAGAAAGUGACAGCAACUUCAUCUGGGUUGACUCCAGCAACUGUAUCUAGACAAGACACCAUCGAAGAAAUUGUAGAACUGGAAGACCGUCCUACAAGGUCGUCUACCAUGAAGAAAUUUGAUUCUUAUGAUAGUGGAAUUAUAAAAAGUGAGCAGAAAUCAAGUGAAGCCACAUUCAAACCUCAACCUGUGGCGACACCAGCAGAAUACAAAGAAAUCAUGACAAACAUUAUGGACUUUAAAGUUGAUGUUAAACUUGAAGUGCAAAAACUUAACCAAAAAGUUGCCCGGAUGGAAGAACUGUUGACUGAAGUUCUGUCAAGACUGGGAUCAGUGAGUCCUUCUUCGGCAUCGCAAUCCGGAGCUGAAGUUAGCAGCGCUAGGAGUGCAACUACUCCCCAGGAGGCAAGAACUCAAGGUGGUGAACUCGGUGCUAUAGUUCUUCGGAAACGAAGGUCAAAAUCGAGGACAAAAGGUGCAGCCCCAAGUGUUCCCCCUCGUAGCAGUCCAACUGAAUCUUCUCGACCUUCGGAUCAAGAGCAACCGGACCAAUCUCCAACUUCCCUACAGCCACAGACUUCCCAGCCAGCUAAAACUGAAGAAGAAGCUUCUAAGAGGCCUUAUGCAAGAAGACCUAGAGAAUUUCUUUAGUAUUGGCUUAAAAAGUGGCCUUGUUUCUGUUCCAAAUAUAUUUUUUGAUAUUAUUUUCAGGUUUGUCACAAAAUGUCAAGAGUUUAUUGAGUGGUUCAAAGCAAACUCUUUGAUGAUCUCUUAAAUAAGAUAAAAUUAUGUCAAUUUUGGGAACAGUUAGUCAAUUACUCUUUCAUAUAGCACAGUCCAAAUUGUUUGGGUUUAUUUAGAGUAUCAUUACUUUUUAAAUAAUUAAAUUUGUUUUAGUAGAAAUAAGUCAAUUAGUGGAUAAAAGCAUUUUAUUAAGUGACUUUUUGUGACAACUCUGCAUUUAUUGUCGCUUAUUUAUUUUUUAUUUUGAAAAUACAGAUCCAACCAUUCUAAGAUUAAGACAACAUUGCCUUAAUUACACUUAUUAGUUGAUUAAACCUGGAAAUAAAUUUAAGGUCAAUACACAUAUCAACCAACUGUAAUAAUUGUCAGAUUGUUAUUGUUAUACACUUUUGUUAUUAUGUUUAUACUUGGAAAAAAUCAAAGAAACGUCCAAUUGGAUCUCUUGUUUUCAAUUAAACAUUUAGCUACAAUUUGUGAUAUUUUCUGUAAACACAUUUUAAGCCUCCAUUAAUAGUAAGUUUUAAACUUUAAAAUACACCUUUAGGUCCUCUUGGGUUAAAUGUUGCAACAUAGUGUUUCUUCCUGUAAACACUUACUUAAUAUAUUCAAUAAUAAUUAAGUUAAUUAACAUGUUUUUCUUCUGUUAAUUGAAUAAAAAUAGGUCAAUUGAAU